CUUUGCUUCAAUCCCAAUCUUUAUCUUUAUUUUUAUAUAAAUAGAGAAGGAAACACCCACUUUCUCUGUUGCGGUUGCGUCUUCAUUGCCUCUUGUGAGCUUUGCUUUCUGUUGGGUCUCUCUAACAAUGGCGAAAGUGUGGUUGGUUUCUGUUGUAUUCGUGAUCUGUGCUGUUGCAGCAGUUGAAUCUGCAAAUGCACCGGCACCGGCGCCGGCCGCGGCCGCCGACUGUAUGAGUCUUGUUAUGAAUAUGGCAGAUUGUCUCUCAUAUUUGAGUAAAGGAAGCAAGGACAAGAAGCCGCCGGCCACUUGCUGUUCUGGGUUCAAAAUGGUUUUUAAUACUAAACCUGAGUGUCUGUGUGAAGGUUUCAAGAACAGCGCUCAGUAUGGAAUUGAUCUAGACUUGGAUAAGGCUGCUAAACUUCCUGCUGCUUGUGGGGUUCAUAAUGCUUCUGCCAGCCAAUGUGGAAGUGCCCCUGGUGCUGCUCCUGCUCAAUCACCAUCUGCAACAACUCCAUCAGGAACUCCAUCAGCAACUGCUCCCUCACCUGUGACCUCAGGAGGAAUCACGGCCGAAACUCCAGCUCCAGCUCCCAAGGCUUCUAGUGCAUCCUCAGUCUCAAUUCCAUUUGUGGUUCUCUUUAGUGCAGUAGUUGCUUCAUGCUUUUUUUUCUAAGCUUAAGGGUCUUUCUGUGACUCACCCUUGAUGGGAUUGCUAUUUGGUUCUCUAUAAUCAGAAGCUUAUGAAUGAAUAUUAUUCUUUGUUGGUUCUGUUUUA